UGGUGGAUGUGGUGGAUGUGAUACUGGGGUUCAGGUGUUUCACUCACCUGUCUGCUCCCACACAAAAACAUUUUGAAUGUAAAAAAGUAUGUGCUGAAAACAUGAGCUAAGUAACUGACUGUCUGUCUCUCUGCCUGUCUGUCUCUCAGCCUGUCUGUCUGGUCAGGCUCCAGACUGCACUCUGGUCCAGUCCAAAGAGGACGACUUCGACUGGGAGCAAGGGGACACCCGAGACCGACCAGCCAGCAGCCCCUGGAUCCCUGCAGGUUCGUCCUUCCUGUUUGUGAACACGUCAGGUCGUUACGCCGGUGAGCGUGCACAGAUGACGCUGCCCCCUCUUAGAGAGAACGACACACACUGCCUCAACUUCCUGUUCUACAGGGCAGGGGGGCGAGAUGGGGCAGCGCCCGCCAAUCUCAACGUCUACAUCAGAGAGAACAACAGUCCUCUGGGAAUUCCUGUCUUUAACUCGUCAGGCCCCGCCUACCACAUCUGGAAGGGGGUGGAGCUUGCUGUAUCAACCUUCUGGCCUAACCACUACCAGGUCGUGUUCGAGGCGGUCAGCAACGGUCAGAGAGGAGUCCUCGCCAUCAAGGACAUCACACUGCAGGGACACCAGUGCAUGAGCACGCCUCACUUCCUGCACAUCAAAGGCGUGGAGGUGAACGCAGGACAGACGGCGACGUUUCACUGCACCGUGAACGGACGACCACAGAGCAACCUGCUGCUCUACCUGCAGGGGAUGGGCGGUCGUCAGGCGGUCGUCAGGGAAACCAAGCCGGUGAACUCGCGACGCUACGUGGCGAGCUUCGACGUGGAGAACACGACAAAGGGCGACUCUGGACGAUAUCGCUGCAUCGCCCAAUCAGAGCGAGGAGUGGGCGUGUCCUCUUACGCUGACCUCACAGUGAAACAGCCCCCCGUACCGAUCGCCCCUCCGCAGCUGACAGCAGUUGGCGCCACCUACCUGUGGAUCCAACUCAACGCUAACUCCAUCAACGGAGACGGGCCGAUCAUCGAGAGAGAGGUGGAGUAUCGUACGAUGUCGGGCAUGUUGAUUGACACCACACCUGUCGAUAAGCCCACCCACAAGAUCGGACACCUGGACCCGGACACUGAGUACGAGAUCAGUGUGCUGCUUACCAGGCCCCUGGACGGAGGCACGGGAAACCCCGGACCACCACUCAGAGCCAGGACCAAGUGUGCAGAUCCAAUGCACGGCCCGCGGCGUCUCGAGGUCGUUGACAUUCAGUCCAAACAGGUGACGAUUCGCUGGGAGCCGUUUGGAUACAACGUGACCCGCUGCCACAGCUACAACCUGACAGUGCAGUACUACUACAGACCAGCAGGGACCCCCAGCAGGGAGCCGGUAAAGGAGGAGGUGGUGUACGACACUCUGAGCUCCGUGCCUCAGCACACCGUACGUAACCUUCCGCCGUUCACCAACGUCAGCCUGCGACUCGCCCUGAGUAACCCAGAGGGACGCAAGGAGAGCGAGGAGCUGCUGGUGCUGACGGACGAGGACGUCCCUGGAGGCAUCCCUGUGGACUCCAUCGUGGGCAGCAGCUACGAGCAGCAGAUCAGUCUGAGCUGGAGAGAACCGCUGCAGACGUACGGCCUCAUCCGCCAGUACGAGAUCUCCUACAAAGCCCUAAGCUCCUUCGACACAGAGUUCGACCUGUCCAAUCAGAGCGGCAAGGUGUUCAAACCGGCCAAUGAAACCAGCCACGUCUUCAUGGGUCUCUACCCAGGCUCCACCUACUCCUUCACAAUAAGAGCCUCCACCGUUAAGGGCUUUGGACCUCCGGUGAUCACCCAGUUCACCACCAAGAUCUCAGCUCCUCUGAUGCCUGCGUACGACCAGGAGUCUCCUCUCAAUCAGACCGACUCCACCAUCACCGUCCUGCUGAAACCAGCUCAGAGCCGAGGAGCUCCCGUCAGUAAGUACCAGGUGGUGGUGGAGGAGGAGCGCCCCCGCAGGCAGAGGAGGGACACUGCAGAGAUCUUGCGUUGUUACCCGGUGCCCAUCCACUUCCAGAACGCGUCUCUGCUCAGAUCUCAGUAUUACUUCAGUGCAGAGCUGCCGAUGAGCGAGCUGAGAGCGCCAACCGCCUUCUGUGUGGGUGAUAACAGGACCUAUAACGGUUACUGGAACGCCCCUCUGCUUCCUCAUAAGAGUUAUGGGAUCUACUACCAGGCUGUCAGCACUGCUAACGGGGAGACAAAGAUCGACUGUGUGCGCGUCGCCACCAAAGCUGCUAUAAUCGUCACUCAGCUCACCACGCCGUACAUUCGCAUCGCACCGGCAGCUGGUGACAAGCAGCUAACAGGAGCUGCGACAAGAAAACCUGAACCAGAACAAGAGAAACAAUCGGACCACACGGUGAAGAUCGCUGGGUCCAUCGCAGGAGUCCUGCUCUUCAUCAUCAUCUUCCUCGGAGUCAUUCUGCUGAUGAAGAAACGACGGAGACAUUCACACUCCUACACUUACUACCUGAAGUUGGCGAAGAAGAGGAAGGAAACUCUGAGCUCAAGACAGGAAAUGACUCUUAUGGUCAACAACUCGCAACACACCAUGGUGGACACACACACACUGAACGGACGCACUGUGUCGUCUCCGUCCUCCUUCACUCUGAAGUCCAACACCAUCAGCACCACCGUCCCUAACUCCUACUACCCAGACGACAGCCACACUAUGACCAGUGAGACCAGCAGCCUGGUUCAGUCCCACUACAAGCAGCGUGAGUCCGAGCGGGAGGGGCUGACCUACCAGACGGGUCAGCUGCACCCCGCCAUCCGAGUGGCCGACCUGCUGCAGCACAUCACCCAGAUGAAGUGUGCUGAGGGGUACGGCUUCAAGGAGGAGUACGAGAGUUUUUUCGAGGGACAGUCGGCUCCGUGGGAUUCUGCCAAAAAGGACGAGAACCGUAUGAAGAAUCGCUAUGGAAACAUCAUCGCCUACGACCACUCCCGUGUGCGUCUGCAGCCUCAGGAUGGAGAGAGCGGCUCCGACUACAUCAACGCCAACUAUGUGGAUGGUUACCACAGGCCAAACCACUACGUCGCCACCCAAGGUCCCAUGCAGGAGACUGUUUAUGAUUUCUGGCGCAUGGUUUGGCAGGAGAACACCGCUGCCAUCGUCAUGGUAACCAACCUGGUGGAGGUGGGGCGGGUGAAGUGUUGUAAAUACUGGCCUGAUGACACAGAGAUCUACGGCGACAUGAAGGUGACACUGAUCGAGACUCAGCUGCUGUCAGAGUACGUGAUCCGGACCUUCGCUGUGGAGAAGAGGGGCGUGGCAGAGAUCAGAGAGAUCCGACAGUUUCAUUUCACUGGUUGGCCUGAUCAUGGCGUACCGCUUCACGCCACUGGUCUGCUGGGAUUCAUCCGCCGCGUCAAGGCCAAGACCCCGCCCACCGCCGGCCCCACUGUGGUCCACUGCAGUGCGGGGGCGGGGCGUACAGGUUGUUUCAUAGUGAUUGACAUCAUGCUGGACAUGGCAGAGAGAGAGGGCGUGGUCGACAUCUACAACUGUGUGAGAGAGCUGAGAGCACGAAGGGUUAACAUGGUGCAGACAGAGGAGCAGUACGUCUUCAUCCAUGACGCCAUCUUGGAGGCGUGUCUCUGUGGCGACACAGCGAUUCCAGCCAAUCAGCUGCGUUCGGUUUACUACGAGAUGAACCGAUUGGAUCCUCAAACCAACUCGAGUCAGAUCAAAGAGGAGUUCAGGACUCUGAACAUGGUCACGCCCACCUUGCGGGUGGAGGAUUGCAGCAUCGCUCUGUUGCCGAGGAACCACGAGAAGAACCGCUGCAUGGACGUGUUGCCUCCAGACCGCUGCCUACCGUUUCUCAUCACCAUCGACGGAGAGAGCUCCAACUACAUCAACGCUGCACUGAUGGAUAGCUACAAGCAGCCGUCAGCAUUCAUCGUUACCCAGCAUCCUUUGCCCAACACAGUGAAGGACUUCUGGCGUCUGGUCCUCGACUAUCACUGCACGUCCAUCGUGAUGCUGAACGACGUGGACCCUGCACAGCUCUGUCCUCAGUAUUGGCCGGAGAACGGCCUCCAUCGCCUUGGCUCGUUGCAGGUCGAGUUCGUCUCCGCCGACCUCGAGGAAGACGUGAUCAGCCGCAUCUUCAGGAUCUACAACACGGCCAGGCCUCAGGACGGGUACCGCAUGGUGCAGCAGUUCCAGUUCCUGGGCUGGCCGAUGUACCGGGACACGCCGGUGUCAAAGCGCUCCUUCCUGAAACUCGUCCAUCAAGUCGACAAAUGGCAGGACGAGUACGAUGGAGGGGAGGGGCGCACGGUGGUCCACUGCCUGAACGGGGGAGGUCGCAGUGGGGUUUUCUGCAGCAUCAGUAUCGUGUGUGAGAUGUUGCGUCAGCAGAGAUGUGUUGAUGUUUUUCACGCUGUAAAAACACUGAGAAACAAUAAACCAAACAUGGUGGACCUGCUGGAACAGUAUAAGUUCUGUUAUGAAGUUGCUCUGGAGUAUCUGAACUCUGCUUAGCCUCAAACACAGACGCUCCUUCAUCCUCGUCCUCGCUGAACAAGCUGCACACACAGACUGAGGAGGAGGGGGAGGAGCUAACUACUGACUGAAGAGGAGGAGGGGGAGGACUGACAGUGAGGAAGAGGAGGGGAUGUUUUUGCACUGAACUCUGUCACUCACCGGGUUUUUUUUUCUUAUUUUAUUUUUCUUUGACUGAUGAAACUGAAAGAACCAAAACACUGUCACGCAUGAAGAGAAGAUUCUGCAUCGUCUCUGUUUUUUACGUCCGAGUGGAGCAUUCUGUCGGCUAACAGGAUCUAACUGAACUCGCCUCAGUUUCCUGUUUCGAAAGAAAAUCAGCUUAUGUUUGUCUGUGAAUCAUGGAAUCAAAUGUUCUGGUGAUAAUUCCACCUUCAAGUCUGGAGAAGUUCACGGCAUCACCAAAGACAGAGAGCGAAGAACAUCUCAUUAUUACCAGAACAAAGAUUUUAAACUCCCUAUAAAUGUAAUGUAACAUCCUUUCAUUUAAAUUAAAGAAGUUUGUAUCACAAAGAGGAUUCAGAACAACAUCAUUCAGAAUAUGAGGGAGGGAGCCUACAGUCCUCAUCGUCUCUCUGCAUCUGUCAAUCAAUUAACUGAUCGAUCAAUCAAUUAAUGAAUCAAUCAAUGUUUAGACACUUUACAACCACAGCAGGUUGGGAUCUUUGUUAUAUCAAAUAAAGACAAACAAUCAGAUCAUAAGGACCUCUGAACACGCUGAGACUUAUUGUGUCGGUUUCCUCUUAAGGGCAUGAUGGGAAAUGAAGUCUGUGUGAGGCUGAAACACACUAAAGAGUUGAAUUAUCAUCAUGAAUUAAGUUUAAUAAUAAGACAGCUGUUCUAUAAGCCCCGCCCCAAAUGGUGAUCUUCCAAUCAGAGCAAACAAUCCGUUUGUACAAAUCUUGAAUUUAACUGUUUAUUUGCUCUUAUGUUAGUUGCUAAUGUUAGCAUGGCUAACAGUUGUAAGCUAGUGUCACUUCACAAAGCUGGGUAAGCAUAGCAUUAGCAUAAAAAUGACUGCUCACUGUUAGCAUAGCAUCUGUGUUUGUUAACGUCCUGAUUGUUAAACUCAGACAGAACCGUGUCUUUAUUUAUUUAUUUACUUUUUUGUUUUUUUAUAUAAUUUUUUAAUAUGUUACAUUGAAGUCUGAAAGUGGGCGGAGCAACUUGCAUGUUGUGUUUCUCUAAUGUAUUAGAGUUUAAGCUAACGUGGCACUCUUUUGUGAUCUGUGUUUACACUCAAAACAACAACUCGAACCAAUCGUCCGUAAGAAAAACAUCUUGUUUGCUUACAGAGGUUAAAAAUCUGCACCAUCUUCACUGUAAAUAAUGUCUGUAAUGUAUAUGAUUUGAGCAUCAGGGGGCGGAGCUUAGAGAACAGUCACACAUUGAUUGUUUGGGUUUUGAUGAGUUUAGUUGUUUUCUGAAAUACAGACGAGUGUCAUCAGCAAGCAGUGAAAAAAGCAGUGAGGACCCAGAAGUGAGCCCUGUGGGACACCAUACUCCAAAGAUUCAGCAGGUUAUUAGAGAUCACACAGACAGGUAGAGGUCACGACACGAGCACAACAAAAACCAGAACAAACCAAUCAGAGACAAACUGAUUAACCAAUCAGCAGGCCAGAUUUAUUUCCUGAUGAAACAAACUUUGAAUGUGCUGAUAAAACAAUGUCACAUCAAACUCCUUCACUGAGCGGUCUGCCAUGUCACAGAUUUAUGUUCACAGUUUGAAUAAAGUUAAAGAUAUAUGUUUCCAUGGAAACAGAGCAAACUCUGGCAACUUAAUUCAAAAAAAGUUAGUUGAGCUGAAAGACUUUACACAUCAGUUUUUGUUUUGUUCCCAGAGAGAAAUUUUAAAAGACAUGCAGACGUUCAGUUUGUCUUCUUCUGUGGUGUUUAAUCUUCAUCCCACCACACAUGCUCAGUUCAGGUUCUGGUUUCUGUGUCGACUCUGUCUGCAGGAUUCUCCUCAGCAGCAUGACGAUGUUUUGGACGCAGGCAACGUGUUAAUAGUGUAAAUAAAGUCGGAGGAAGCAGGAAGAAGAAUAUUUAUUCCUUCAGUUGUUUCAGUGUCGAUGUUGUUCCUAUUGUUCUGAAGCACAAAGAGAGAGGGGUCAUGUUGGAUGAUUUUAAAAUGUACACCUUUAGAACCACCUAAUCCUGAUCACAUACAGCGCUGAGUUGAUUUAACCCAGGCUAUAUAUGGCUUCGGGUUGAUUUAACCCUGGCUAUGUAUGGCUUUGGGUUGGUUUAACUCUGGCUAUAUAUGGCUUUGGGUUGAUUUAACCCUGGCUAUGUAUGGCUUUGGGUUGAUUUAACCCUGGUUAUGUAUGACUCUGGGUUGAUUUAAUCCUGGUUAUAUAUGGCUCUGAGUUGAUGUAACACUGGUUAUGUAUGACUCUGGGUUGAUUUAACCCUGGUUAUAUAUGGCUCUGAGUUGAUGUAACACUGGUUAUGUAUGACUCUGGGUUGAUUUAACCCUGGUUAUAUAUGGCUUUGGGUUCAUUGAUUAUAUGUGGUUGUGGUCUCUUAGUGUCUUGACUGAACCCUGUCUACAUAUGGCGCUGAUGUAAUGAAAGCUUUUAUUUAUGUUGUAUGAUCCAAAAUAUUACAAAUAAAAUAAUUCUGUAUUCAC